GAAAAUCACUCUUUCCGUUGUCCUUUACCAUAGUUAUUGUCGUAUAUAAGGCAGUUACCCGCGAGCUUUUCAUUAGUUAUUGUAUAAUUUCUCAAGAGGCAAAACUGAACAUAAAAUGAAGUUCGAAAUAGCUGUUGUUCUGGUUUACAGUACAUUAGUCAUGAGUUUCAACACUGACGUUAGAAUUAAAAGACAAAUUUUGAAGAUGCCGUCUCCUCUCACUGGGCUAGGCAAUAAUGCAAUAAGUAAUUUAGGAAGUAGUCUAGCAAGUGGUUUGGCUUCUACAACAUCUGAUAUGAUACAAAAGGGUGUUAGUAAAGUUGUAUCCUCGGGUACUGACAUUAUCGGUCGCGGCGUCUCAGACAUGGAAAAUGCUGUAAACAAUAUUGCAACGAUGGGAUUAGAAGGGGUGAAAGCAGUUGGAAGCAGAAUUGAAGGAGCUUUAAAAAAUACCUACCAUGAAGAAAAAGACUCUUUCAAAAGCAGCUGGGACUCAGUAAAGAAUAUGAUGAUUAAUGGUAUUGAAGCGGGGGCUAAUUUGACGAAGACUGGCUUUGAUUUGGGAACAAUCGGCCCAAAAUUAGGAAAAAACUUGAUUUUAGGUUAAUUUUAUUUUAUCAAAAAGCAAAUGCACCUUUUGGAAAUAAUUUUGUAGGAAAAUAAUAUAAGUUUCGAUUUAUUCAAAGUGUUGCGAUAAUUUUCAGUCAUAGUCACUGCGAACAAUGUAAUCUUCUGAUCUUUUUUAUGAUAUCAAGCAUGUACCUGUAAAAUGGAAACAAAAUAAAAACAUUUGUAUGACAA